CUCUCUCACACACACACACAGAAACACACACCACACACACUAGAGUCAAAAAGCUUAUAUACUGUAUAUAUAUAUGUAUAACCCCACAACAAGUCCUUAAAGGAAGGACUUGAUGCUGAUCAAGAAUCACCACCAAAGGCUAUAAUCUUUUAUAUUGUACCACCCCUCCCAAAAACCAUUCCCAAAAGAAGAAACACCACAUAGAAAAAAGUGCCCGGAAAAUUAUAUACCCAAACAGAAGGAAAGACAAGAAUUAAACAUUAAUAAUGGGGAGGUCUCCUUGCUGUGAGAAAGCUCACACAAACAAAGGCGCGUGGACUAAGGAGGAAGACGACCGCCUCGUUUCCUACAUACGCGCACACGGCGAGGGAUGCUGGCGGUCCCUCCCCAAGGCCGCCGGCCUCCUCCGCUGCGGCAAGAGCUGCCGCCUCCGCUGGAUCAACUACUUGCGGCCCGAUCUCAAGAGAGGCAACUUCACACAAGAUGAAGAUGAACUCAUUAUCAAACUCCACAGCCUUCUUGGCAAUAAAUGGUCUUUGAUAGCUGGAAGAUUACCUGGAAGAACAGACAACGAGAUAAAGAAUUAUUGGAAUACUCAUAUAAGAAGAAAGCUUACGAGCCGGGGAAUCGAUCCCUCGACUCAUAGGCCGAUCAACGAGCCUAAACUAUCAGCACCAAUUCCAUUUUCUUUCUUGUUUUUGUCUUCUUUAGCAAAAGAUGUGAAUGAGGGAACGGAUAAGCUGUGA